UUGAGCCAAACUCUUCAGAAGACAUUUUUUAGCAAUCAGUGCAUAGCGCAUGGUGCGGUUUUGAGUCACCCUGCUAGCUAGCUAGACCAUAGACCAAUGGCAGAAGAAAGUGUCACAGAAAAAAGAAGCUUACAGAGACCAAAGCGUCAAAGACAAAUGACUGCUAAAAGGAAAGCAGCUAUGAGUCAAGUAGAAGAGGAUGCACAAAAUCGACAGACAUUCAUCGAUUUCUUCAACUUCUGUAAUGUUGUUCUCGCCUACGAAGAAAAACUGUCUUCACCACCAGAGGACCAUUUGCAUGGCUUCCUCGACUCGAUGGGUGGUAGUUCUCACUCGUCCAGUGAUUCCAGUAGUGACAGUAGUGAUGACACGAUUGAAGACCCGUCAAGUAUCACGUCCACCGCCUCCUCUGACAGCAAAGAGAGCAACGAGAUGGUGUACACUUCAGGAAGUAAGAAGGAAGAGCAGCUUGUGCACAGUUUAGAGGAUGAGGAGUGGAACUUAGUAACCUGUUUCUGCCGGAGGCCGUUUGCUGGACGCCCAAUGAUUGAAUGCUCGGAAUGUGGCACAUGGAUUCACAUGUUUUGCGCCAACAUACCUAAAGAUCAAGUACCUGAAAUCUACAUCUGCCCAAGUUGUCAGGUGUCGGCAAACCAAGCGAAAGGCUCUCAGGCAAAGAAACCAAGACUCACUUGAACUGAUUCACUCAGAUACUCUCUUCACUCCCGUCAUUUUAAAAUGUGACUGUCACGCUUUUUCAAUUCAUGUUAUAUAUAUUUACAGUGCAUGUAAAUCGCUGUCAUGAUCUUCAUAUAUUAUUGUCUCAAACCUG